AAUAAAUAAACAAAUCCUUUUAGUUUCAGGAUGUUGAAGGAGGAGCUGCUACUUAUAUAAAGCUCCAGAUGGGUGCGUAAAUUAAGCUUUGUGAUCACCUGGAGGUGUAAGAUAGUAGAGACCGUCACUGAUAUGCUUGGUGUACUGUGUGCGCGUCCCAAGCCUUGGAUCCUCAGCUCCCUCAAUCUCCUCCACGGCUCGGGGACGCCGAGCCACUAUCGGCUUGAGCAGAGCCCGAUUCAUUUCCUCGAUUCCACCAGCAACCGUCUGCGUCGUCACUCCAGCGCUGCCUGUCAUCUUGACGGCUCUGUUGGCGGUGGCGCUGCGGCUAUAUGGCACGUGAUCCUUCCUUUCUCGACUCGCCGGCGAGGGAGCGAUCUGAGGCGACCGGUAGAGCCGAGAGGGGAAGGGUCGUGGAAUGUUGCGUGGGAUGCUCGCCCUGCGAGGUGGCUUCAUCGGCCGGAUUCUGCUUGGCUGUUGUUUGGAGUCUGCGCAUGUCUCGCGCCGCUCGAUUUGAUCGAUGAGUACGCGGAGACCGGUGGCGUUGUGGAGGAGAAGAUUGAAGGUUGUGAAUUGAUUAAGAGAACAACAACAGAGGAAAAGGGGACGUGUUCUGAUGAGAAAAAUGACGAGUCGGUUGAUUACAAAGUCACAGGAGUAAUAGCAGAUGGGCGGUGCCUAUUUAGAGCUAUUGUUCAUGGGGCAUGCUUGAGAAGUGGUGAAAAGGCACCUGAUGAGAAUCAGCAAAGAGAACUUGCUGAUGAGUUAAGAGCCCAAGUCGUGGAUGAGCUCUUAAAGAGGCGGGAAGAAACGGAAUGGUUCAUUGAAGAAGAUUUUGAUACGUACGUGAAGAGAAUUCAGCAGCCUUAUGUAUGGGGUGGAGAACCUGAGUUGAUGAUGGCUUCUCAUGUUUUGAAGACACUGAUAUCAGUCUACAUGAAAGAUAGAACCUCUGGUAAUUUGGUGAACAUAGCGAAUUAUGGUGAAGAAUAUCGAAAGGACAAUGAGGUUCCCAUUAAUGUGCUUUUCCAUGGUUAUGGUCACUAUGACAUAAUUGAGACUUUCUCGGCCAAAAAGCUACUGAAUACUAAUCCUGUAGAAGUUGAGUGUUGUUAAUUGGUGUAUUACUAGACACAGAACAAGGGAGUCAGAAUAAGACAUGUUCCGGAAACAAGAAUGUCUUGGAACUGGUACAGCAAGCUUGGGCGUUAGGCUUGUUAAUUUUUUGUAGGUCUACUAUCUUAGUUUCAAUUUUUUGAUACAGUCAUACAAGUUGAUAACUGAUCCACUGGGAGUGUUCCAGAUGGUUAAUUCUUUCAUUAAAUAAGUAGCAUGAUUUUUUUCUUCAACCUUCUAAAUUUUGGUCCUCUGGUAGUUUGGUGUUUGUUUUGAUAUGGUUCAUUGACAAGUUUCCACUGCCAAUCGAAAAUGGUUGUGUUGGGUAGAACUACCCUUGAAAGCAGCAUUGACUCAAGAUUUCAUUGAGGGAGACGAUGAUACUUAGUACUUGACCUUUUAUACUGAAGUUUGUAUAUGCUUCUCUUUCCUUUAUUGUUGUCUCCUCGACUCUGAUUUCAUAGGGUCCCAAAGUGAACUUGGAACAUGGUAGAUUGUACGAUUCAAAAAAGAGAAUGGUGGGUUACAGAGCAUAUAGAAUGAUCACAAAGACCUGUAUUUUGCCACUCGUUACUGUGCCAUGUAGCUCAGACAGGUUUGAUGGUCCGGAACAUUUUUGGAAUCGGCUUGUGUGUCAAGUUUUCUGCAAGGGAAGCAACGGCAUAUGGUGUGACUUGUGAGACCAGCAAAAUCAAUCGUCUCCUUGUUCUUUUAUUAAUGAAUGUUGAUUCA